GCGGGCGAGGCUUUGAAAGUCAGUCUCCCAGCCAUUGCAGCAGAGCCCCGGCCUGGGAGGAGAGGCCGGCGGGGGGGACGGACGGACAGAGAACGGAUCAGACGGACAGAGGGACGGACGGAGGGAAGGAGGAGGAGGAGGAGACGGUGGUGGUGGUGACGACGUCGGUCGGUCCGAGCUUUGUUGGAAACACGCACGCACCGGCAGCCCCGCACAGGCAGGCCGGCGGACGGACAGACGGACAGGCAGAAAAGCAGGCAGGGAAAAGGAGGGAGGCCAGCGGCCCAUCCCCAACUUGCUUUCCAGCCGGAGCCGGCCAGGGCCGGCUGCUCGCCCCAUCGCCGCCGUUUGAGGCCCCCCGGCCAUCUCCCCCCAGGGAGGGGCGGCGGGGGUAGGGGGGCGGAUUGGGGACAGGGGCUCCUUCCCCAAUUUUUCAGCAGAAAGGAAGAGGGUUUUUUUUUUUUUCUCUAGGAGGGGUUGUUUGCUUUCCCAAAAGGGGAGGGGGGAGGAGGAGGGACGGGCCGGAGCCUCGCCGCGAGGGGCGGCCAGACCGAAGGACCCCCGGACCCCCGCCCACCCCUUGUCCGGAUCCAUUGGGAUUGCAAAGACCCACAUCGAUGAGUUUGUUGCCUCCAGUAAGAGCGACUCGCUUCCCGGCAUCCUGUCUUUUGGCCCCUGGGAGAGAAGUCAGCUGGCAGGAAUCUGACGGGAGUGAAGUGGAAAAGAAGAUGAAGGACAGGUUCCCCUUCCCUGGAUGAAGGUGACAGUUGCCACUACUGAUCAGCUUGGGAGCCCGGUUGCUAAAUUGCUGUUAACCUAUCUGUGGCCAGAAAAUCCCCAGGCCGGAAUGUUCCCACUGCUCUCCACCUGACCUGUGUGGACAGCGAGAACCCAGCCCUCGUUGCUUAAAGCUCCAUCUCAUUUGCUGAGCAAAAUCCAGUCUUCAAGUGACUAACUAGAAACCCAGCCUUUGUGAAUACUUUUGUUGAACAUGACUCAUGGAGAAGAGCUUGGCUCUGAUAUGCACCAGGAUUCUAUCGUUUUAACUUACCUAGAGGGAUUACUAAUGCAUCAGGCCACGGGAGGAUCCAGUCCUGCAGUUGACCACACGUCUACAGGGCCCAGUGGAGACGAUCAAAACUUUAAGAUUUCUGGAAAUCUGUUUCCCACCUGUCAGAGUAAUGGUCCGUCUCCCAACCCCACCAGUUCUUAUCAGGGAUCGGGCAUGCUGCAUCUCAAAAAAGCAAGACUGCUGCAGUCUUCUGAGGACUGGAAUGCAGCAAAGAGGAGGCGCCUGUCUGAUUCUAUCGUGGACCUGAACGUCAAAAAGGAAGCCUUGCUGGCUGGCAUGGUUGAAAAUGUGCCUAAAGGCAAACAGGAUAGCACAUUACUUGCCUCUUUGCUUCAGUCAUUCAGCUCCAGGCUGCAGAGUGUUGCUCUGUCUCAACAGAUUAGACAGAGCCUCAGGGAGCAAGGGUAUUCCCUCAGCCACGAUCCUUUAAAAGUGGAGAAGGAUUUGAGGUGCUACGGGGUGGCCUCCAGCCACUUAAAGACCCUGCUGAAAAAAAGCAAAGCGAAAGAUCAGAAGCCUGAAGCCCAACUCUCUGAUAUCACCAAGACCCUGGUGAAAGACCGCUUUAUAGAGGCUCCCCACCCCGGGCAAAAUGGUGCCAAGGUCAUGAACGAGCCCCUGUCCUGCGCUGCCAGGCUGCAAGCAGUGGCAAGCAUGGUUGAGAAACGGGCCAGCCCCACACCAUCCCCCAAGCCCAGUGUGGCCUGCAGCCAGUUGGCUCUGCUCCUUUCCAGCGAAGCUCACCUGCAGCAAUACUCUCGGGAGCAUGCUCUGAAAGCCCAGAAUGCCAACCAGGUGGCCAGUGAAAGGCUAGCGGCCAUGGCCCGGUUACAAGAAAGUGGCCAGAAGGAGCAGAGCCCCUUUCCGAUAGCCAAAGGGAUGCCAGGCCACCUCAACGGUCACCCUCGGACUCCCCCCUCCAAGGCCGUCCCAGGCAAAAUUAGCGCGGCCCCGUUUCCGAAUCCAGUGGGCGUCCUUCAUUCCCCCCCUAAGAGCGGGGGCUACAAGAGCCCUUUGGAGAGAAACCACCUCAAGCAACCAGCCAACAACAGCUUGCUUCUGCAUCUCCUCAAGAGCCAGAGUGUAGCCAAACCAACUAACGGCCACGACCAGGCGGAGAGGAGCAGCAUGUUUGAGGAUGGCAGCACGCCCACCACCCUCGACGAGUGCUCGGACCACAACCCGAGUUUCACUGAAGAUGACAGCAGCGGGGACGAGAGCUCUCACUCCAACUGCGUCCCCAUAGACCUGUCCUUCAAGCACCGGGUUGAAAAACCCGACUCCGCUCAGGCCACCUCUCUGGAGAACUUGACUCAAUCCUUACUCAACACCUGGGACCCCAAGGUUCCAGGAUUGGAGAUCAAAGAAGACCGAGACCCUGCCAAGAACGCGAAACUGAAUCCACACCAGAAAGUCACGCUUCUUCAACUGUUACUCGGUCACAAGACCGAAGAAAGCCCAGAGAGGAAGGCCGACCCUCAGGGAUCCCCCGGGACUGCCGACCUGCCAAAAUUCAGCGUCCCGACCAAGAGGACUCCUGUUACAGAAAGCCCCAGUGUCCAUCGAGCUACUCCACUGAACACUCCGCCCUUACUCACGUCCCCGAGCCCAGGUUCUCCCAUAAACCUCUCCCAACAUUCUUUUGUCACCAAGCGGAACUCUCCCCCCUAUACUUGCCACAUACAACCCGAGAGGCUGAUGACUCCGGCAUCUAAACACUUGGUAGACCUGACAAAAAGCAAGGAGCUGCAAGGAACCAAACCCAUCCGGAAUGAGAGCUCCCCAAACCCGGCGACUUUCAGUGCCAGCAAGCUGUUACAGAAUUUAGCUCAGUGCGGGAUGCAGUCUUCCAUGUCCGGGGAAGAGCAGAGAACCAGUAAACAGCUGCUAAAUGUGAAUGCGGAUAAGCCCGUAGGUUUGAUCGAUAGGUUGAACAGUCCACUCCUCCCGAACAAAUCCCUGGAGGAAGCCGGCAAAGUGUUCAACAGUCAGCUUGCCUCUUCCGAACCAGGACUUUCAGGUUCUGAAAUAGAAAACCUGCUCGAAAGGCGCACCGUCCUUCAGCUGCUCCUCGGGAACUCCAACAAAGGGAAGAAUGAGAAGAAGGAGAGAAUAAUCUCCUCGAGAGCCGAGAGCCCCCCUGAACCGACAGACAGGCCUUUGAGCGAGCAGAUAUUGACGGUGAAAAUAAAAACAGAACCGGGCGAAGACCUACACGUCAUUCAUCCCGCACCCGCACACCCCGUCCGAGAUGGCCCCACCAACACCUUCCUAGGAAUGGCUCCGGCAGUGCAGAGAAGUGCGGCGGCCUCCCCAGCGUCGGAGGACUUUAAGUUGGAGCCCUUGUCACCUCAGGAUUUCUCCUUCUCCAAGAAUGGUUUGUUAAGUCGUCUGCUGAGGCAGAAUCAGGACAGCUACGCCUCGGACGACCUGGACCGAAGUCACCGUCCCGGCGAACUGACGCUUUUAGAGCCGAGGAGCCUGUGCACCGUUCCGAAGAAGAGGAAGCUGCAACCCGAGCCUGGAGAAAGCCCCCUCAGAAAGACGAAAGGCCCCACUUCCGAUGUGACAAACCAUCCCCGCCCUUCCACAGAGCCCCCCCAUUACGGGCCCACAUCCCACCAGGAUGAGGUGAAAUUGAGCAGAAGCGAACUCGAGCCGAAAUAUUUGGCUGCGCCUGGCUCGAGUACCGAAAGCGAUAACCGGAGCUGGCCAAGAGACAGCAAAGGCUUCAAUGUGUUGAAACAGCUGCUCCUUUCAGAAAACUGCGUGCGGGAUCUGUCGCAGCCGCGGGGUGGCGCAGUACCCGAGGGUAAAAGGAAAGGAGCCAGGAGUGGCGGCCCCAACGGCAAACCCGAGUUCAGCAUGGCACCUUUAAAUGGGCUAAUGGGCGCCCCCCCUCAGGCCAACAGCUGUGUAGAGAACCGAACAUUUCAAUACCCUGUGGCCGUCCAGAGUCCCACCAGCUUGCCCUUCCAUGAACACUUGGGCUGUUCGGCCCCUAGGCAAGAGUCCGGACAGCUCAGCGUGUGCCCCGUCCCUGGCGACAAGGGUCCCAUCCGGUGGGUUAUUACAGGAGUGGACAAGAGCGAUUAUGAGAAAGACUCCCCAAGACUGACCAAAACCAACCCGAUCCUCUAUUACAUGCUCCAGAAAGGAGGGAAUUCCACCUGCAGCCAGGAAGUGCCCGACAAGGACAUGUGGAACGAGUCCCCGUUUGCAGAGAGCCCCGCCCAGAUGGCGAUCAAAGAGGAGUUUCUCCCUGGAGCGGAAACGAAAGCCCCUUUCCUGAACUUGAGGGGCCCUUAUGGUAGCCCCCUGGGCAGCAAAGCCCCCCGUCCCCACAACACGAAUGGAGAGAUAUACGGACUACUAGAGAAGGUGCUGACGAUAAAGAAAGAAGCAGAGUAAAAUAUUCUCACCACGUGGCGUUCGUAAAACUAAUCGGGACGAACGUGAAUCCUGUAUAAAUAAGAGCAUGAUUUGAGAAAAGCAUGGUCUAACUGACACUGUUUUCUUUGGAAAAUUAAUGGGUUUCUGGUGAUGUUGUUUAAAUUACCCAUAGCUACUUUUUGCUUUAUGUUAGAUGUCUCAAGGAAACUACCGAACUGGCGAUUUGGCUGUAUGACCCAUCUUUCUGUAGGCAUCAGCCCUCUGCUAGGAAUAUUCUCUGCAAGAGGCUUUUGGGGGAUCCACCACUUCUAGGCCAAAAUUGAACUAAAAACUUUUCAUUUGGGAGGGAUGGGGUGGUUAUGCAUUUUGCUGCCCCUUUUCCCACUUGUGUUUUAUGAGACUGUUUCCUCUCUUUUAGAAACCUUGUCAGGCACAAAGUAUUGUUUUUUCCCCUUGGAGGUUUAAUAAUAUUGCAAAUAAAAAUGAAUAAAUAGCA